GAGCGCCCAAAAGAAAAUAUGCAUGACUACAGGGCCGAACGAGUAAGAGAAUCGGACUACGCGAGUCCGGGAAAGUACACCUAGUAAACCUCCUGAACAGGCAGGAAACGGCGGGGAGAGGCGGUUCCACUUAUAAACUACAAUUCCCAGGAAGCAUGUGGCAGACGGAUGUGAGGUGAGGCGCGAGCCGCGACCUUUGAAGGAAGAAAGGAAGUGCUUCGGCGUCGCAGAGCCGGAGAAGCGGGAGGGAGCAGUAUGUCCGCGGAAGUCCCUGAGGCAGCCUCGGCGGAGGAGCAGAAGGAAAUGGAAGAUAAAGUGACUAGUCCAGAGAAGGCUGAAGAAGCAAAAUUAAAAGCAAGGUAUCCUCACCUGGGACAAAAGCCUGGAGGUUCAGAUUUCUUAAGGAAACGAUUACAGAAAGGGCAAAAAUAUUUUGAUUCUGGGGAUUACAACAUGGCUAAAGCAAAAAUGAAGAACAAGCAGCUUCCUACUGCAGCUCCGGAUAAGACAGAGGUCACUGGUGACCACAUUCCUACUCCACAGGACCUUCCUCAACGGAAACCAUCCCUUGUUGCUAGCAAGCUGGCUGGCUGAUUAAAAGAGCUGAACUGCAUGAAUCUUCUAAUUCUCAUUAUUUCUCCUUAAUAUGUUACUUCUCUGCUUUUUAUUUCCUUUCAUUCACACUAAGUCAUUUGAGAAUGACAGCUUUGCAGGUAGUGGUAGUGUGUGCUGCUGUUGUAAGGGAAUAUACGUGUGUAGAGUUUUUGAUUAGUUUAACAGUGCACUGAUAAAGAGAACAUGUUAGAGCAUCAUAAAGUAAUCUACUUGAAAAUAAUUGUAUAUAUUACCUAACUUCUAGUGUAGGACUGAUUCAACAAGUAACAAGCAAGUUUUACAAUUGUAAUGUUUUGGCUUUCUUUAAUUCAUCUUAAUUAUAGCUUUGUAUGUUACUUUUAUUUAAUAUAACCUCUAUUGUAUUGAUUUCUUCUGUAUUUUCCUUUUGGAUUUUGUAAAACAGAAGUUUAAGACCACAAGUUGAAAGGAGGGUCACAUUCUUCAAACAAAACUAGAUGGGGCUCUGAAAGAUUUCGUUUCUCUGUGCUUGAACUUGAAUGGCCUUAAACCUGUUUCAGCUUUAACAAUAGAAUUUUACUUGGGCAAUAUUUGCCCAUUUUGGUGUAACUUACGUGACUCUAGUGCUUAACAGCUGCCGUUGAAGCUAGUGUUCUUGUUCAGUUCUGUAGUGUUAGAAUAUCUUUGGUUGAAGAUGUGAAUGAAGUGUGCAUGUGCAUCGACUGUUGAAUUCACUUUUGUGCCAUUUUUGUAAAUACAAUAGUUUUGCACAACCUCUCACAAAUGUCUGUAUUAAUUUCACAUAUUAAAAAGUAGAUGAUGUGCCAACCAGAAGCACAAGAGUUCCUACACAAAACACUUUAUGUCAUUAGAGCUUUGUAUAGUAAGAGUAGUUUACAAUCUUGGGCUUAUAGAAUACCAAACAAAUCUUUGCUUAGUCUGUCAUAGACUUAAGCUUUUUCAUUUGUUAUUAAUAUCCAUGACAUUUGGUGGCCUUGUGCAGAUAUGAUAUGUUGCUUAGGCAUAUCUUUUGUCCUAUGCAGAACAUUUCAUUUUGAAUUUUAUGAAAAUUGCAAUUCAUGUAAUUUAUAUAAACUUUUUUAAUGUAGAAACUUUUUACUUCCACAGUCAAUUUGGGGGACACUAGAAUAAAAGGCUUCAAUCCUCUGCCUCCUGUGGCCCCUCCCUCCUUUUUUUCUUGCUUCUUUGACUCAAAUCGUGUUCGGCUGUGCUGUUUAGUCUGUUCAGAAGCAUAGGCGUAUAUCCUCACUCUUGAGAUUUGCUCUACUGAAUGCUAUAUUUUAUAACAGGAUGAUGUUUUUCUUAUAAUUUCUCAAUUGUUAAUUAACCACUCUUAAUCCUGUAUUAUUACUAAUAUUUGACACUUGUUUAAAUAAAAGGAACUUUAUACUGAAACAAAUACUUGAGAAGACUGGCCCAGGAACUCAUGUAGGGAUGAGCCGAAUUCUGGUAAAUAAUUUUAAGUAAGCUAAGUGAAUUAUACUCGUGACACUUAGAGUCAUUUAUGUGGUAGGUGGAACAUAUUCAUAUUAAAAUAUUUAGAUAUUUUCCUUCUAUAGAUGUCACUUUAAUAAAACAAUUUAAUUUUACUUGUUUAUCUAGUUAGUAAGAAUUUUAAUUAACAGACUUUAUUGGGAUACAUUUACUGCUCUUUUAAGAGCUCAUCCCAUAGGUGAUACAAUGCUGUAGCAUGACAGUGAAGAUCAGUAGCCUGAGAUGAUAGUAUUUUUUUUCUUAGUCUUUGACUUGUGCAGGGCCUCCCUUUUUUUUGGAUCCAGGCAUCUUUUCCAGAUCUUGGCUCCAUCUGUAUACUUGCUUUCCUGUGACCUGAAAUCAUUGUAAAUGGUGCCUUGAGCAUAGCACCUGCACUUAAAGGCUGCCCAGCGCUCUGAGUAAGGCUUGCUGAUUAUCUUCCUGUUCCAUCCACCCCAAAAGGCAGAAAAGCAAUGAAAUCAGUAAUGUUCUAGUUUGUAAUUUUAAGGAUCAGUUAUAUAUAAAUAUUUUGUGAAGGGAGCAAGUAGAUUAUUCCACAAUAUGUAUGUAUAAUCAUUGUAGGAUCCAUUUAAGAAUUAGAAAGUGCCCUAAAGUAGAAUUUCUGUAAUGUCUAGUCUUUUUUUUUCCCCCUUUGGUGAGUAUUUGCAAGCUGUCAACAUUAAAUUUACACAUUGGAGAUGAUUAAUCUGAAAGAUCACAGAGACCAUGUUAUUCUUGACCAUGAUAGGACUGCUGUAGUUUACAACAAGUGAUAUAACCUCUGUCUAAGUUUUAUUUGUAAAAUACAAUGCUGACAUUUAACCUACCUCAAAACUUGUUGAGGAUCUGUGAAAUACUGAGUAAGUGCCCAAAAUAAAAUACUGUUGAUUGUCUUUUUAUUAAAAGUAAGUUUCCUCAUUAAACCAGCCUGCCUUCUGUAAAGUCACAGUGCUUAAAAUCUCAGGAUUUUCCAUUAGGGAAAGACCUGUCAAUAAGAAUUUUUAGGUAUAAUUGCUUAGCCUCCAUUAUUGGUGCUUGGGAUACAGAGGUUUUUAAUUUUUCUAUUUUUUGUUCUGCCUCAAGUCUCAGUUUAUUGAAGACAUAUUUGCAGACUGUUUCACCAUUGCUUGAGUGAAGAUGUUGACUAGAUGAGUUUAAUUCUCCAUUUCUCUAAUUUGAGAGUUGUGGUUUGAAAAAUGGUUAGUUUUAGUUGUUGUCUCGUUUAUUAUAAAUGAAUGUUGGAGUGAACUGAAGUUCAGGGUAACAGAUAUUUCAUGAAAAUUGGCUCAAGUCAAAUAAAUUACCUGUUUAUGUCCAGUAGCUCCUUUGAUAGUACAUUCUGAGAAACAUUUCAUUUUUGAAGGCUAGUUCUGACAAAUGAUUAUAGUUCUUGGCAUGUUGGGAUAGUAAGAAUUGUUGGAUUGUUUUGAUGAACUUGCGGCAGCAUGUUUGCAGUCUAUUUACAAGUUAUUCAAUACUCAUGCGCUGCUGACCUAAAAAUAAGUCUUAACUAUUCAUCAAGGCAGUCCGGGUGAGGCCUCUCUCUGCUUGUUCUUACUUCAAAAGUUGGAAUUAGUUGCUCUUUUUACUUGAUGUAAUGAAACCGUACCUCUGAAUAUUUAUUGAUACUUACUACUAAAUCAGCCAUGUAUUCUUUCUCAGUCCAAAUUAGUGAUGUUUUAUCAAAGCUUAAAUGUAAUCUCUACUUAACUUGUGCUGUAAAUUUGGUGUCUGGUGAUCCAGGGGCAGGUAGCCUGUAGGAAGAGCACACCUGAGUGGCAACUGCAGUAAGUUUCUCUGGUGGCCUUUUCAUACUCCCCACCAUUCAAACACAUUUCUUGUACUUUUUGUUUUCCUUUUUCACUUCAUUUUACUUCACCCCCCAUCCUUGCUUACUUCUUAAGCCUCCAGAUGGCAUUCAUUAAACGGCGUUUAGGACUGAUGAAUUAUCAACCUUGAAUAUCCUUCCCAGUAUGCCACAUUUAGGACACAUUUUUAAUUUUCUAAAACACUAUCCUAAUCUGGAUGACUAAUUUGAGCCACUGUCCCAACUCCACAACUCAGCAUGCACUGCCAGUCUUCCCCCCCCGCCCCCCCACCCCCACCUCAUAAAAAUGGGAUCAAAGAAAUCUCAUUCUGGGAUUGUUAAUCUAAGGAUUUAAAAAAUACCAAUUUUAAUACUGUUUUACUGGUUUUGGCCUUUAAAGUAGGUAUACUUAUGGGUUUUAUUCUGCAAAUUGCUGGUGGUCAUGAAGCCAUUCAUGUAUGUUUGUAUUAUGUUACUAUCAACCAAAUAGCGUCUGGAAAAAACACCUAAUUUCUUUAAUAAGCCCUCAGAUCUGUUACUGCAUCUCUCAUUUGUGGUGCAAUAGGAUACUUUGCCUGUAUUAAAAGGGCCAAGAGUAAAUGCUUUUUUUUGUUGAACAUGUCUAUAGAGUUGGCAGUUAAUGCUGAAAUUUGUCAAAUAGCCCUUCCAAAAUUAUACUUGUGAAAUAUACAAAAAAAAUAAAUUGAUCUACUUAAUUUCUAUUCA